UGUUGGACACCAUGGUAUACAAAUAUGAAAGUUGAAAGUUUUAAACAGAGAUUAUUCAUUUCCACUUCAGCAGCAGCUUUGAUCUCCUUAUCAAUAUUGAUCAGAAAUAUCUGAUCAAUAUUGUUUUCAGUGAAGCAGAUCAUCAUGCUGGUAGACACGUACCGACCGGUGACAUCACCAGGUGAGAAUGACCGAAACGCCGGGGCUCACCUGGAGGCCCCGCCCCACGGCUUUAUAACGAGGCGGCCAGGUGAGACCGCAGGAAACACGCUCUGCUCGGAUGCAGCAGAUGAACGAGUCGGAGCUCCAGCUGCGGCUGGCGGCGUUCAGCUUCGAGACGCGCUUCGAUGAGCGCGGAGCGAUCCAGUGGAUGCAGGAGAACUGGAGCAAGUCGUUCAUGUUCAGCGCGCUGUACGCCGCCCUGGUGUUCGGAGGUCAGCACUUCAUGAAGCCUCGGCCCAAACUGGACCUGCGGCUGCCGCUGGUCCUCUGGUCGCUGAGCCUGGCCGUGUUCAGCAUCAUCGGAGCGGUCCGGACCGGGUUCUACAUGCUGCACAUCCUGAGCGCCAGCGGCUUCAGACGCUCCAUCUGCGACCAGAGCUUCUACAACGGACCCGUCAGCAAGUUCUGGGCCUACGCCUUCGUCCUCAGCAAGGCUCCAGAACUCGGCGACACGGCCUUCGUGGUGCUCAGGAAACAGAAGCUGCUCUUCCUCCACUGGUACCACCACAUCACGGUGCUGCUCUACUCCUGGUACUCCUACAAGGACAUGGUGGCCGGCGGCGGCUGGUUCAUGACCAUGAACUACACCGUGCACGCGCUCAUGUACAGCUACUACGCCACGCGCGCCGCCGGAUUCCGCGUGCCCCGCCCCUUGGCUGUGGUCAUCACCAGCGCCCAGAUCGCCCAGAUGGCGAUGGGGCUGACGGUGAGCGGCCUGGUGUACCGCUGGAUGCAGCAGGGCGACUGUCCGUCCCGCAUGGACAACAUCACCUGGGCCACGCUCAUGUACCUGAGCUACCUGCUGCUCUUCUCCAACUUCUUCUACCAGACCUACCUGCGCCGCGCAGCCAAGGCCAAGAGCCAGUAGGACCCGCCGGACCGGUGGGCGGCGCCGCUGAGCCGACCUGACGCCGCUGCAGCAAACGAAGGGAAACCAGAGCAGAAAACGAGUUUAUUUAUGUCUGGGAAUGAAGGAGCGUUUCAGGACCCGCUGGCUCCUGGCUGCAGGUCCAAAGAUGGUUCUGAUCCACAGACACAAACAUGAAGCUCAGCUGCUGAGCAGAGGUCUGGAAAUAUUCACCAUGUUUUCACUAAAUUUAUCAGCUUUGGACCCAGAAAAUGUUCUGAACCAUUUUUACCUUCAGCCUCAUUUCAAAAAUAUUUGAAAUAUGUAAAAAAAAAAAAAAAAAGUAGAAUCUGAACCAUUAGAACCCGUCUGGUCCGAUACACUGGUUCUACUGGUUCCGGCUGAACCCAGGUUGGUGGGAGAGAGUAAACCGGGUCAGAACUGGAACUUAAACUUUUACUUCUGUAAAUAUUUCCAUCAGUUUGUCUUUAACAUGUCAAACUUGUGAUUCUGGAACCGAUCCAAAAGAACCGGUUCAGAUCCAGCUCAGCAACUCGCUCCUGGUGUUUAACCAGGUAUGAAGGCAGUUGAUUGGCUGCUGGAAGGUCGCAUGUCUCACGUGACUAAACUCAUCCUGUUGGAGCUGGUUCUGGUCGGUGUGAUUGUGGAAACGGGUCGGAGUUCUGGAGGAAACCAGCAGCUGGUUUCCAUGACGACGAUGAUCUUCCACCAAAUGAUCACCGGGACGUUUUCCUGGGAGGGAAGUUGGGAUAUUUAUGACUAUUUAUUGUUUAAAAAUGUAAUAAAAUGACUUUUUCAAUUUGUA